UACACAUACAUUGUCGGGGGGAGGCUACAAUGGGCGUUGCCUUUUUUACAUCAGCUCAUGAAAGCAAGCUGAGGCUGACUGAAUGCGGAACCUUUGUUACACUGAAUGUUAGAGCCGGACGUUAAUAGGUGAUGCACCACAGUGACAGGCAGCAGUAUGGAGGAACAGGAGAUGCAAAUAAAGGUAAAGAAAGUAACAGAUAAGUUCACUGAAAGCAUGUAUGUUCUUGCUAAUGAGCCCUCUGUGGCAUUAUACCGCCUUCAGGAGCAUGUCCGCAGAUCUCUGCCGGAACUAGCUCAGCACAAAGCUGAUAUGCAGAACUGGGAAGAACAGAGUCAAGGGUCAAUAUACACCGUGGAAUAUGCCUGCAGUGCCGUAAGGAGUAUGACAUUCAGCAGUGUUCACUUCAAGAGCAUUGAUGGGCUUCUUAAACAAGCUAUCAACCUGAAGCAUCAGCUAAACGCAGUUCAUAGUCGACGGUAGCCCCUGGCAGAGACUUUUGAGGACAUUAUUCCUAUGGCUUGCACCUUUUAUUUUUAGAUAUGUUGAACUGAACAAACUGGGGAAGGGAAAAUUCUCCUCUAUAGAAUUGUCAUAUGAAGAAUAUCUUGCUGCUGUUAUGAUCAGCAUAUCAUAGAAGCUAUAGGAAAUCUAAAGCAGCAGAAAAACAAAGAUUUGGGAAAUUGUAUAGAGAAACACUUCAUGUAGAUUGUGGGGGAUUCUAAUAUUGUAUAUUGUAAAAAAAAAGCACAUACAUUAGUGGACAAGUCUUGUUGAUUUACAACUUGACAACAGUAAAGAAUGGCAUCUAGAGAAGAAAGAUAUUUUGCUAGAAAGUACUAAGAUUGGCUUAACAUUGUAGUAGUGCAGUAACCCACAACAAAUAUGCUAACUUUUCAUUUGAUCUUUGUAAUAAAAGCAAGUGUCCAAAUUAUCAUGGAUGAAUGCCUUGGUGCAGUAUAUUAAAGUUUUGUUAGUAUGUAAGAAGCAAUCACAUUUAUCUUUGACAAGUCUGUUACAAGUUAGAAAACAAAAGCAAAGAUCUUAUUCGUUGCUAUAGGUAACUUUGCUGGUGCAAUUUAGCAUCUACUGUAUGUCCAUAAAUCACCCCCAAGGUCUUCCAUAGCAAAUGUUUAGCAUAUAUGUAAUGCCUCCAAGUUAUAUGAUGCUUUUUACUAAAUAUGUGACUUUUGUUCAUGUUUCAACAUGUUUGAAUAUACUUAAUUGUAUUCUUUCUUUUUCUGCUACUAUUAGCUUAUUAUUAGGCCACAUUAUUUCUACAAAGUCUUGUAUACUUUGAACCACUGUGAGUUUCCUUAAAACUGAAGGACAGAAAUGUUCUUUAGGUUAAAGAGGUUUGUAUAUCAUUUCUUGGAUAAUUGAAUGAAUGUUUAUCUUUAACUCCUUGUUAUUACUAUGUAUUUUUGCCAUGGAGGAAGAUUCUGUAACCAUUCCUGUUGCAUCUGAUUGACUUCAGUGUGAACUGUCAAACAACAUCAUGAGGGUUCUUAGCUGAAAUGAACACAUUAAAUCAUUUUCAGGCUAUGAAAGUAUAACUUUGUAUGAAAGUCUGUUUUCUCUGUGAAAAGCUUGGUAAAUAACACCGUAAGUCUGACAAUUUCAAUGAUCAUGUGGCCAUUGUAACCAGAAUUCAUUAAAAUCUUUUAAAUAAUA